CGCCGUUAUCGCCAGUUAUGGUAUGUGGAAGUGACCGGUGACGAUAAUUGAAUCGUGUAAUUUGUAAAGAAAUGUUAUAAAUGCUAAAAAUAUUUAUUUCAGUUCAUAUUUUCUUCCGCAUUGGAGUUAUCUCUAAAAAUCAUUGAUGCAGACUGACAGUAUUAGUAGCAAAAAUGUCUUACGUCGUUUAUUUCACUGGGGACCUAUUUUUGCUCUGUUCAUCAUCAAAUCUAUUCUUCUAACGACGCUUUACGUCACUUCUAUGUGGUUUCCACCAUUUACUACGGUUGCUGGUACAUUAAAUCAUUUUAUAUUUUUAGGCUGGGUCGGUGCAACUUUAUAUAAUUUUUUCUGUGCAAUGAUAGUGGGCCCGGGAUAUAUUCCUUACGGAUGGAAACCUAAAAAUCCUGAUGAUGUACAAUACUUACAAUAUUGUAGCUUAUGCGACGGUUACAAAGCUCCCAGAGUUCACCAUUGUCGCAAGUGCAAAAGAUGUGUAAUGAAGAUGGAUCAUCAUUGUCCUUGGAUAAAUAAUUGUUGUGGGCAUCGUAAUCAUGCUAAUUUCACCUGGUUUUUAUUUUGUGCAGUUUGUGGAUCUAUACAAUCAACUGUACUUUUAAUUACUGCUAUUUAUCGUGCCUUUCAUUUGAAUUGGUAUUUAUAUCAUGGAGAUAGAGAUCACAUUGUUUAUCUUUCAUUGUAUACCCUCAUCUUCACAGUUUUCAGCUUAGGAUUAGCAAUAGGAGUCAUUAUUGCAGUGGGAGGUUUAUUUGUUGUUCAGUUGAAAUCAAUUUGGAGAAAUAAGACUAGUAUUGAAGAUUGGAUUGUCACUAAGGCAUUAAGUCGCCCAAGAGAAGAAGGUGAUGUUUUUAUUUAUCCUUAUGAUCUUGGUUGUUGGAAAAAUUUACUUCAAGUGUUCUGGAAUCCUUUGGGAGAUGGAAUUAAUUGGCCCAUAAGAGAUGAUUGUUUUGAAUACACAUUGACUGUGGAACAGUUGUAUCAAAAAGAGGAUAAAAGAGCUCGCACAAGGCAAUAUACGGUCGUACAGCCAUAUAAAGGUACAUGGUUUCCCAUAAGUAAAGGAAUAAGAACAUGCUGUUCAAUUCCAUAUAGCGACGAGCCGCGAAUACCUUUGGAAAUAGGAGAUCAAGUUUCGGUUACAAGAUGGAGAAAGCAUUGGCUGUAUGGAGAGAAGAUACCACUUACAGAGUCGUCGCCAAAACUUCGAGGUUGGUUUCCUCGGGUGUGUGCUAUUGAAUUCACGAGCACGGACUGCGAAAUUGAAAAGAUACAGAAAAAAUUCCAGUAAUUUGUUUAUAUAAACAAAAAAAGGAGUUUUGUAAAUAUGAUUAUUGAAUAGCUUUUUUAAAAUUGCUUGCUUUAUGUAUAUUUUGAGAGAUUUAAAUUUGAUUUAUUGUAAAAUAUUUGUGAAAAAUGUCAGAGAGUUUAACUAAAAUUUGGUAUAUUUAUAAUUGUCUUUGGGUCAGUUUUGUUGACCGAGUUUUAAAAAUUUAAAAGAACAAAUUUAUCGAUUGAUUUCAAAAAUUUUAAAACGGUUAGACCAUUUGUAUAUAUGCAAAUUGAAUAAGAAGUGCUUCCGUUGGCACGUUUUAAAUGCAAUAAAGGUUAACAAAGCUUUUAA